AAGUUAAAAUAACUCAAUAAAAGAAAAUUAUGAAAAAGCGGAAGAGUGUUUGAUGAUUGCGAUGAAAGUGUAAAGUCUGCAGAAUCAAGAGCAGAACAUGGAAGACGACGCGGCGGCGAUUCACGUUAUCAAGUCGCUCUCGUCGGAGGACGACACUGACACCGGAAGCUGCUGCCCAAUUUGCUUAGGACCCACUCUUCAACCUUCCUACCUCGACAAAUGCUUCCAUAAGUUUUGCUUCAAUUGCAUUUUACGCUGGACCAAGGUGGUUGCCAGCAAGCACCGUUCUCAACCUUCUUCUGUCAAAUGCCCCCUUUGCAAGACAGAAAACUUUUCUAUAAUACAUGGAGUUGAUGGAAGUUGUUUUCAGCGGCAUUAUGUAAAUGAAGAUUUUGAGUAUAGUUUUACAUUGUCGAGAGCUCACAGAUAUAGAUUGCAAUGCUAUUACACUGAACAAGGUUUCUUGGAUGACGUAUUCAAUAUAUCACAUUAUUGGAAAUCUCGUAAGUAUUGUCAGCCAAACAGCUGGCUUCAGAGUUGGUUAAGAAGGGAAAUUCAAGCUCUUAUUCAGGAGGAAGAUGUUGACAUCAUUGUUUACCAUAUUUUUGGAGUGAUGAAUGCAUCAUUGACAAAAAGAGAGCAGAAGUCACACAUGAAUGCACCCGAAAAGGUACAGGAGGAGUUCAAGACAUCAGUAUCUGAAGCAGCAAGGCCUUUUCUGGGAGCAAGAACAGAGAGAUUUGUGUAUGAGAUUCAACUGUUUCUUGCUUCAGGAUUGAAUAUUGAGGCAUAUGAUGCUGUUUACAUACAAAGAUUGGGUUGGAGCUCACCUGGGGUAAAUACUCAGAUUUCUGAUAAUGAAUUAAUUGAUCGCACUACUGUGAUUCCAUACAUUGCCAAAUCGUGA